GACAAACGCACAUGUGUUAGGUGCCAGGCAUGAUCAUGGGUUCCAAAAAAGCCCAUAAAGUUGACAAAUCUCUGUUAAACAAAUUUUGGCAAUUAGCUGAAUCAAACCAGAACAAGAUAAUACAAGCUUCUAAAGCUUUGGUUGAUGACAUAGACAAAAGACAAGUUGAUAAGUCAGAGAUUUGUGAGGAGUUGCAGUAUUCCAUUAACAGGCUCAUUAAGGGCCUAGCCUCCAACCGACAAUCAGCCAGGCAUGGUUUCUCAGUGGCACUCUGUCAGAUCCUCAGAUCUUUCCCUGCAGUAAAUGUUGAUGUGAUACUCGGUGCUGUGGCUGAACAUCUCAAGUUUACACAGAAGGAAUCCAGAUCUGAGCAGGGAAAUAUAUUACUUGGGAAGGUGUUGGCCUAUUUGACCUUAGCUCAAUCUGAUCGAAUAGCCAGUGCAACUCAAGAACAAGUACAGAAAGUUGUCCAGAGUCUGGUACAAGUCUGCAGAAACCGAGCUUACCUAAAACAGAUUUCAACUUAUGCCAUAUCACUCAUAGCCUCACAGGUGAAAGCGGACAUCUUUAAAGCCUCAGUUUGGAGUGAGAUCGAGGCUGACCUGACCCAGGGCUGGACGGGGUGUUCCCCAGACACCCUCCUCCUACUGCUGGCCUGUCAGAAAUACCACCCGAAAACAGUGGACAAAGCCUUUUUGAAAACAUACUGGGGAUCAUCAGUGAUAUUUUGUGCUGAGAAUCUUAAACAUAUUUGGAAUGUUAUAAAGCUCUCGACAUCUUCCUACCCUGUGAUACACCUGAUAAAUGAUGAAAUUGUUCAGCAGCUGACCACAGCUAAGAUUUCUUUCACCGAUUUCUGGACAGAAGGAAGAGAUCUUUUGUUUAGCAAGGAACACCACAGUUCUGUGAGUGUGGGACUGUACCUUAUGACAAAAAUUCUGCCUCAUCUGACAAGCCCUGAAGAGAUUGAGUGCCUGUUACCUGCUAGUGUUGUGAGGGUCCUGGUUAAAGUCAUAGACGGUAAACAGAAGAAAACUAAUCCUGUCCACCAGGCUGCCUCCCAGUUUAUGAAUGGGUUAGUCGCCUAUGUAAAAUCCUCAGAAAAUACAGACAAUUCUAUUAAAGUGCUCCACUGUUUCCAUGAAACACAGUGUCCAAAGGGUGCCAAUCUUACACGGUCCUUGGAAACUAUCAUUCAAUCUCUUAGUACAGAGGCAGCUAGACAAUAUGGAGAGAAUUUAAUGAAAACAUUCAAAAAAUAUGCCAAAGACCCUAAAGAGAACAUGGUGGGGAUUCAGCAUGUGGCCACCCAGGUCCGUAUGCUAGUGACCCUCCCCAGCACCUCCGAUGAUCAUGCCUGGCAGCUCCGCCUUCUACAGUUCCUGGGUCUUCAUUCCUUCUGGACGGUCCAGUCCAAGUCCUCCGAGAUCCCACAUUGUUCUUUCAACACUCAGCCAAUGGAGGAAAAACUGAGGAAGGCAUUCCAAGACAACUUUUACAAAGCUCUCAGUAACCUACUGAGCUAUAAUACAGAGAAAACAAAGACCUCCUCAUUAGAUAUAUACCUUGACACGGCAUGUCAGCUCUGUAAAUACUUCCAGGAUUUAAUAGAAGCGACAGAAGUGGUAACUCCAGUCCUGAGUUUUUCUGAAGACGAGAUGGAACAGUGGGUCAAGACAGUUCUUUGUUUAAUGGGAAUGCAGGAAAAGAAUACAGCUAACAAUCCAGAGAGACUGGACAUUCACAGAGCCUUUCUCUUGUUGUUUGUGUUCCAUGCUCUCCAUUUGUUUGUCUCCAAAGAAAAUUCUGUCAGUGCUUUACAGGAUAUACACAUAUGCUACAACAAAGCUGUGAAACACAAAAGAAGAUCUACAGUCAAGUCUGCAAAGUCAGAGCCAGAAUGGAUAGAGGUGGUGACGGAGUUAUUACAGAGUAUGAUGUCACAAGGGUCCAGCUUUGCCAGACUGGCUGCUAAGACAACCUUUGGUUGUUUGACUGACCAUGUGACCCCGGACUCACUAGGCCUCAUUACAGACGUACUCAAAUCUGAGAAAGGAGAUGAGAGUACACCAAUCAGCUUUGAGGAUGAGAAAGAGGAAGAUGUAUCAGAUAUGGAAAAUGAAGAUGGGGAAAAUGGACAGGAAGCAUUAGAGGAUGAAGAAGAAGAAAAAGAGGAUGAGAAGACAGAUGAAGAGGAAUCAGAGGAUGAGGAGUCAGAGGAGUCAUCAUCAGAUGAGGAGCGGGAAGAGGAGGUGAAUGAGGAGUUCAGGAGCGCUGUCAAGUCGGCCCUGGGGGAGGCCGCAGAAAAAUCUGACAGUGAGGAGGAGUCUGAACCUGACCUGGACGAUGAGACAAUGUUCAAGCUUGACGGAGCUCUGGUUCAGGUGUUUAAAAACAUGAGGAAGACGAAAGAAGCAGAGGCCAAGGAGAAUAAAAAGCAGCUUCUGGCAUUUAAAACCAGAGUGCUGGAUUUGGUAGAAAUUCUAGUCAAGAGCCAGCCUCCUGCAGAUUUAACCUUGGAUCUGAUCUUCCCCCUGUUGGAGCUCCUGGCCAGCACAGAGAAACACAAGGAGGGGAUGGAGGGGGAACUGGGAAAAAAAGCGGGUAGUAUGUUCAGACUGCUGUAUAGAAAGGCCAAGAUUCAUGGUAAUAUGGCAGUGUCCAGGGAUCGUUACUUGGAGGCUAUGAACAAUGCAAUUCAGUUCUCCACAAAAGUAACAACCAAACAGAUUGUGAAUGAUGUGUCUGAUGCCUGCCUCCUCGUGAUCCGGUUAUUAAUGAACCUGGAAAUGGGCAGUUUGGGACCUUCUCCAAUGAAGACAAGAUCUAAGAAGAGUCAGAAAGAAAAAGACAAGAAGGAGGAAAAAGAAAGGGAUCAGGAGACGGUCCACCACAUGGUAAUUGAUGUUGUCCAAUCAAAUCUCAGGGAUUUCCUCCAGAAAAAGAAACAGAAACUCCAUAGAGAAUUUUUCUACAAUAUGUUCAGCAAGUUUCCUGUCUUGUUCUGGCCAGUAACAGAAACACUGCUAAACACGAUUCAGGACGACCAAGUGAAAGUGUUCAUAAAGACCCAGGCCUGUUACCUUCUGUCAGGCAUGCUGAACAAGGAUGUGGAGAAGACAUUAGGAGAGGAGGCCUGGACAGAAUUCUCACUUUCUCUGGUUGCUGGCAUUUCAAGGAUAUUGCGAUUGGUUUCAAAGGAAGCAUUUCCAACAAAACUAGUACAUGAUGUUUGUGUCAUACUUAGGAAAUAUCUGAACUGCUCACAAAAACCUGAGGAGAUUCCCGAGGAAGUCACAGAGAAGUUGGAGAGUCUGAAAGGUUCCUUUAACACAGACAUCAGGAAAGAGUACCAGGGAAUCAUGUCAAAGCUAGGGAAGACAACUCCUCCUAACACGAAUCAUAAUAAAAAUGCCAGAAAAAGGAAAAAUAAAGAUAAGACAGGCACUGCGGGUCAGGCUGCUGAAAAUAAGAAAGUGAAAACAAGUGAAACAGAAACAGUUACCAGUCCUGUUGUCAACAAACAAACAAGAAAACGAAAGCAGAACAGUGUUAAUGAGAAAGUGAAAGUAGGGCCCAAAACAAAGGGUUCAGAAUCAGACCUGGAAACUAGUAUGAAUGACAGAAGUUCUGGAUCGAAUAUCCAGGAGGAAGGCAAAAAAUCUAAAAAGAAGAAAAAAGUACACAACAGAGAGAAAACUAAUGCGGAAUAAAUAUGAUGUUUCUUA